AUGUUCAACUCAAUCCAAACCUCCUACAGAGAAUGGCGAGAGCCUCGAUAUACACAAGUAGUGGUAGACGACACCGAAAGCCAAACAUCCUCCUCCUCGUCGUCGUCCUCGGAAGUGGAAGAGGAAAAGCCGAUUGAAGCUACGUCGUACUGGGAUUGGUCCCUAGACCACUUCUCCCUCUCCAACUCCUCCAUCUUUUCACCCACCACGGGCUUUGGAUCCGACGGCUCGCCAUCAGCUGCUGAUAGUGUCGGACAAGGCCGUUGCGUCCAAAACGGCCCCUUCACCGACCUCCGCCCCAUCAUCUACAACCACACCUACAUCACGCACUGUUUAUCCCGAGGAUUCAACGAUCCCAAGCGCAAUAUCACCGGCGUGAUAUCAGGCGAGCAGUACAAGCCGGAAGCGAUCGGUGAGAUACUGAGGAUAGAGAAAUAUGAAGAGUUUGGAAAGAGGGUGGAGGAACGGUUGCAUAACGGCUUGCAUCAGGGUGUUGGAGGGGAUUUUAGGGCAAUGACUGCUGCUAAUGACCCCCUCUUCUACGUCCACCACGCCUCUCUCGACAGAAUGUGGUGGCGCUGGCAAUGGGAGAACCCCGAGGUUCGACUGGCGGAAUACAGCGGGAAACACAUGUUUAACUCGACACCCGGAGAGGCCAAUCUGAAAGAUGUGUUGCUGUAUGGAGGGUUUACCAAGGAUGUGUUGGUGGAGAGGGCGAUGAGUACGGAGAGUGGGGAGUUGUGUUAUCAGUAUCAGCAGAGCGAAGAGGAUGUGAACUCGGAGUAA